AUGGUGGGUUUUGAGUUAAGAUUUAUAUAUGAGGAUUACAAGGUAAAAGGUCCACCUCCACCUCCUAGUAAGCUUGAUAACAAUGAUGAUGAUGAUAUGGGGGAGGAUGGUGAGGAUGAAGAUUUUGAGGAUGAUUAUUGGAGGGGGAGGGAUAGAUUCAGGAGGCCUGAUAAACAUAAGAGUGAUAAAGCUACUUCUAUUCCACCUUCCUCUCAGUCUUAUGGAAAAAGGAAUGAUAAUGAGAUUCUUGUGGCUGGCAAUGCUCUAUCUCCUACCAAGGAUGGUGGAGAAAAUGGGUGUCCUCAAAAGGUGGUUUCGCUUGCAAUUAGCAAAGCUGUUAUUGAGGAUCAAACCAAAACAACUGAUGAGCUGAACCUCAUUUCACAAGUUGAAGAAUCUCAGGACCAGGAAAGGGUGGAAUUUAUUAAACCUGUGGAUAAGGAUUGUGAAGUUGACAUUGAGAAUGUUUUGUCAUCAGAAAAAGAGUUGGUUCCUUGCAGUGUGGACAAUGUUCCUAUGGGGAGCGGCCUGGUGCCUGAGAAGGCUGAUAUCACUGACCAAGAGCCAGGGGAGGCCAUUGUAGAUAUUCCUGAUGGUAUGCUGUUGGUUCAUAACCUGGAGGGGCCUUACUUUCUACCAAAGGGAAAAUGGCCUAUUCUUACUACAUCUGGUGGUGCCGAAAUCAAUGUGAGUAUGGAAAGAUGCUCUGCAAUGCAAGAGAUUGGUGAUCAUAUUCCUAGGGUGGACUCUAUUCUGGAUGACAACUCUAUUGGAGGUCUUGAGGAGGUGAUGGAGAUGAAUCCUUGUGAUCAGGAGUGGGGUUUGGGUAAAUUUGAUAGAAGAAGGCAGGUUAGAGAGUUCAUCCUGAAGGAAAGAGUGGAUGUUGUUGGUCUGCAGGAAACUAUCAAAGCUGACUUUACCGAUAGGGAGCUAUCUGAUUUGCGUGCGGACGGCGGCGCCCUGCGCGGCUUGGCCUCAGCGGCGCCUCUUCUUGCCCAGUCGUGGCCGCCGCGCUGGAUGUGGAGCCGUGGAGGGCUCUUGCGUGAGGUGGCUGUGGAGAGCUCCUGCGCGCGGUGCGACUUGUCCUCGACGGCGCUCGAUAUAAAGAGCUAUUUUAGCAGCUCGAACCUGGGUGCUCAUACAAGCGGAAACAAUGCGAAUACUGUACAAGGAGAAGAGCCCCAUGGCCAAGAGGAUGUUAGAGUUGAAGUCAUAAUAGCCGCACAAGAGGAAGAGGUCCAAGAAGAAGUUCGUGCUGAGAUUGAAGAUGUCCAUGAAGAAGCAACACCGGCAGAUGUUGAAGUUGGAGGUAUCAAAGAGUUUAAUCCGGAUCACAUUAUUGUUGAUCCAGGACUUCGUAUUCCAAUUGAUAAUUUUCAUCCCAACAUAAGAGAUAAAGUUAGAAUGGCUUUUGUGGCGAAGGGUCCGACUCAACCAAAUGGUCCUAAUUAUCCUCGUGAUCAAUAUGGGAGGAGCUUUCGUGAAGCAUGGUAUGAAAAAUAUCAUUGGUUAGAAUAUAGUGUGGAUAAGAAUUCGGCUUAUUGCUUCUAUUGCUUUCUUUUUAAACAAGAUCCCUUGGAUGAAAAAUUUGGUCAUGAUGUCUUUACGAAAAAAGGGUUUAACACUUGGAAGAAUGCAUACAGAAUAUUUCCUCUUCAUGUUGGUGGCCCUAGUAGUGUCCACAACCAAGCAAGGACUGCAUAUGAAGAUUUUCAAAAUCAAAGGACAAGUGUGAAACAUAAGGUUACAACUUAUACCAAAGAAGCAAUAGCCAAGUACGAAACUCGUUUGGAUACAUCUUUGGGUAUUGUAAGUUAUCUUGCAUUGCAAGGUGAGCCAUUUCGUGGACACGAUGAAUCCUCUUCUUCCUUGAAUAAGGGAAACUUUCUAGAGUUUCUUGAUUGGUACAAAGAAAGAAAUGAGGAAGUGAGGCUUGCAUUUGAUGAGCUAUGUCCUAUAAAUGCCCAAAUGACUUCCCCAACAAUUCAAAAGGAACUUACAAAAUGUUGUGCAGUGGAGAUCACCAAAGCAAUAAAGGAAGAGAUGGGGGGUUGUCUAUUCUCUGUUCUUGUUGAUGAAUCUCGUGAUAUAUCGGUCAAAGAACAAAUGGCUGUGGUUGUGAGAUUUGUUAGCAAAAAAGGAGAAUUAAUUGAAAGAUUUUUGGGUAUCAAGCAUGUCACAGACACAACAUCAGAUGCAUUAAAGAGAGCAUUGGUUGAGGUGCUUGGUGAACAUGGACUACUCAUUGCAAAAAUACGAGGGCAAGGGUAUGAUGGAGCUUCUAAUAUGAGGGGAGAAUUCAAUGGCCUUCAAAAGAUGAUACGUGAUGAGAACCCAUAUGCUUUCUAUAUACAUUGCUUUGCUCACAAAUUGCAGUUGGUAGUUGUUGCCGUCUCAAGAUGUUGUUCAUCUAUUGAGGAUUUCUUCGACUAUGUGGCCUUGAUUGUGAAUACCACUAGUUCAUCUUGUAGAAGGAAGGAUUUAUUGCUUGAUAAGCAUCGCAGAAAUCUUUUGGCUAAGUUGGAGAGUGGUGAGAUGUCAACAGGAAGAGGGAAACAUCAAGAAACAUCCUUGGCUAGACCUGGAGAUACAAGAUGGGGCUCCCAUUACAAGACUUUACUUCGUAUUGAAUCAAUGUGGGAUUCAGUGAUAGAAGUGCUUGGUAUCGUGCAAGAGGAUGUGCGUAAUCCAUGUCGAGCAGGAGGUUUGGUGCAUAUAAUGGAAUCUUUUAGCUUCGUGCUCAUCAUGAAGAUGAUGUUGCAAAUCCUUCGCAUUACAAAUGAGCUAUCUCUUCUCUUGCAAAGAAAGGAUCAGAAUGUUGUUCAGGCAAUGUCUUUGGUUAUUGAUGUGAACACACGUUUAAUCAACUUAAGGAACCAUGGUUGGGAGCCACUAUUUGAAGAAUCCAAAGAAUUCUGCAAUGCAAAUGAUAUUCCAAUACCAAAUAUGGAUGAAGCGGUACCAAGAUGGGGCCGAUCAAGAAAAGGGGGGAGAAACAACAUCACUCAAGACCAUCAUUAUCGUGUUGACACCUUCUAUGCUGCUAUAGAUGCUAUUAUCACCGAGUUGGAUCAUCGCUUUAAUGAGGUAUCUACAGAAUUGCUUGUUAACUUUUCUUGUCUUGACCCAAGAGACUCCUUCUCUAAGUUUAAUGUGGAUAAGCUAGCUCGGCUUACAGAGAUCUAUUGUGCGGAUUUCUCCUUUGAUGAACGUAAGGGUAUAAAAGAUCAACUCAAAACAUUCAUUAUUCACGUGCGAAGACUCGAGGAGUUUAGAAUUUGUCAUGAUCUUGCAAGCCUAGCCAAAAAGAUGGUUGAACUUGAAAGGCAUAUUGUAUUCCCUUCGGUCUAUCGCCUCAUCGAGUUGGCAUUGCUUCUACCGGUGGCGACGGCAUCGGUUGAAAGGGCCUUCUCGGCAAUGAAGAUUAUUAAGACCGAGUUGCGCAACAAAAUGUCUGAUGCUUGGUGUAAUGAUUUGAUGGUGUGCUACAUCGAGCGAGGGAUAUUUAAAGGACUUGAUUUUGGUAAAAUUAAGAAAGAGUUUCAAAAGAAAGGUAGGCGAAUACCAUUGCCUAGGUCUCCUAGGCGCAAUUAA